AUGUCCCUGACAAUCCCGGAAUUGCUCCGGAACACUGCAGGGAAUGUUCAGCUACCUGUUAAAGCUGGAAAGGAAGUCGUCAUUUCACCUAAGAGGAUAGUUGUCGUGGGCGGUGGUGCCGCUGGAAUUAGCUUUUUGAAAGUGGUCCGAGAAUUCCAGGAGCAACAGAAGGAUUUAAACUGGGAUGUUGUACUGUACGAGCACCGGGAUGAUAUCGGUGGUAUAUGGUACGAGCAAAAGAACAAGCCCGAUCCACCUAUACUGCCUGAGUCGAGUAUAUAUUCCCGUUUACGAACAAACACCCCGCACCCUCACAACACCUACUAUAAAUUCCCAUUUCCCCCUGGUACGGAUCUAUACCCUAUUCACACCAAGCUGCAUGAGUACAUGAAGUCAGUCGCCUCACACUUCAAACUCGAGUCUGCUGUACGCUUGAGACAUAACGUAACAUCUGCCCAAUGGAUCGGUAAUUCGACACAGGGAUACUGGCGCCUUAGAAUUGAACGACCAAUCACAUAUCAAGAAUCUAGCGAUUGGCAUUCUUUCAGUCCGUUGAAUCAACAGAUCAUCCCCAAAGAUGCAACGCAUGAAACUAUCUUCGAGAAUUUCGACCAUCUUAUUGUUGCCACUGGUCGGUAUCACUUCCCUCACGAAGGGAACUUCCCAGGGAGGGAGACAUGGCUGGCACAUAGAAAUAACUUGUCGAACGGGUCUCGGGACAUCCGCCACUCCAUUUGGUAUGAAGACGCUACUCCGUAUGUGAACAAAACCGCUCUCGUGGUCGGAGGCGGCGCGAGUGCCCAAGAUAUUACCAGGUUUGUAGCUGAGGUGUAUCAAUCUAUAUCGAAGAAAAGUAUUUACCCACCUGGUGGUGACAUAAUACGGAAAGCACGGCUUUCCCACUUCACUCGCGAUGCGGUCCACUUCGAGGAUGGAUCGUUUGAAACGGAUAUCGAUUCGGUUAUUCUCGCUACCGGCUAUGAGCUGAGGGUGCCUUUUCUCGAAGUGGGCGGCUCGCUCAUUUACGAUCCAACAGUCACGUCACGAAAUACGACCCACAUACACCCACCCCCGCACCUACCUCUCACCUCCAAUGGUCCUUACGUGAGACCGCUUUAUAGACAUACUAUGAGCCUUAGCUCGCAAUUCCCACCUACCGCGUUGUUUGUCUUGUCCUUCGCCCGACAUCCCCCACCACAAGCAACUGCUGUUGCACAGAGUAUAUUUGCAACGCGCCUUAUCGCCAAUCCCGCACUUGUUGAUCCUCACAGGAUCAAGCUUCUAAGGGAACUUGAAGAAUACGAGGAACGGCUGCGUAAUAUUGGUCUUAAUCCCGAUGUAAGCGGCCAUCGGUUGGUUGAUUGGAAUCAUGACUAUCAGGAAAGUAGCAACUUUCAAGAAAGUCUCAUUAAUUUCCUAAUGGAAAGGAACGUUACUCGACUCCCUCUUCGAGGAAGUAAUCAUACAUAUGUAGAAGACUGGCGGAGAAGGAUGGAUACGAAUCCUUCGUUGGUUGUCACCAAUAAAAACUGGCUAGAACUAGAGGCUCGUGGAGAGACCGAGGCGCUUUUACGAGGGAGGGAAAAGGAGGAAGAUUGGAUCGAGCUUUUGGACUGUUUGAGGGCCCUGGAUGGGACGAAACAACCUACUUGCCAGGCAUCAACACCCUUGCAGCCUGCUUACAUCUCAUCUGGUCAUAACAGCUGUGUCGUCGAAAGAAGAUAA